UGUGCUAUCCUGCGCCAAGUGGCGAAUUCAAAAAUAUUCUGCUUUUAUUAGCAUAAAGUUCGCAUCUAAUUUGCAUGAGACCCAUUUAAUCGCAGAGACCUCCACUCUUCUCGCCCUCGAGUCCAAUGUGUGUCCCCCAUCCCAGCCGGUCCCGAGCCCCCGCAGGCAGAGUGUCCCCGCGCCCCACCCCUGGCCCCUCGCCAGCCCGGGCUCCAGGACUUCGCCUUAAUUGGCGAUUAGUCUUAGCUGGAGUCCCGGGGCCUGGAGGAAAGAAGGGUUCUGAGAGGGCGGCAUCUGGGUUGUGUUCACCCACAAAAGACUCCCCAUACACGCACCCCGUACCGGGGGUCCUCUGUCCACGCGGCAGGGGACAACCCCAAACCCAGAACAUCUUCGCACAUGCCAAGGCCCCAUCCACCGAGUGCUCCUUCACCUCAGAGGCCAAGGGGAGACCUGGGCAGACCCUGCCGACAGGCUGAACCCCGACCCCAGCGCUCCAAAGAGCCCGCGAUGCGGGAGGGAGGGGGACCCCGGGGCGGGGGAGCCCAGGCUGGGGAGGGGAAAUAGCGCUGGGGACGUGGAGUGGGAACGUGGUGGUGCCUGGGGGAGGGGCGAUCGGGGCGGGAACCCGGCGCAGGCAGGAGGGGGAACGCGAUGGAGAGGGCGGAGCUGGGCCGCAGAGGCCCCGCCCCGUGGCGGCCCCGCGGCCAGGCCUGUUAUUCAGCUCGCCGCUCCGCUGGGACCCGCACAGCGCCAGUGGCUCGGGGGUCGGCUCUCGCCUCCUCCCAGGCCCGGGCCUAGAGCCACCCCCAACCAGAGGCCGGAGACAGCUGGAGCCGCUGCCGCAUCACGGCCCAGCCUCCCCUACCAUCCCUCCCACUUCCACUGGACAUCUGGACCCUGGGCCCCCGCACCGACAGGGUUCCGGAAACCCUCCCCGCCCAGCCCGGCGGCCGGGCCCUGCGCCUCCCUCUCUCUAGAGCCCCCCAACCCGCCUCAAGACUAGACUUCCGCCUACCCCUGGACACCUCCACCCGGUCCCCUCCCUCCCCGACUCCCACAGCCUGGACCGGGGUAGGAGGGAGGGGGGGUGUGCGCCCAGCGCCGUCCCCGCCCCGCCCCCCGUGAUUCCCCCUGCAUGGCCGGCCCGGGUGGGGGACGCGGGGGGGCCCGGGCGCCAUGCGGGGGGGGCACAAAGGGGGUCGCUGUGCCUGUCCCUGUGUGAUCCGAAAAGUGCUGGCAAAAUGCGGCUGCUGCUUCGCCCGGGGGGGACGUGUGAUUACUGCAAUUGGUGGAGGAGGGGACUGGGAGUGGCAGAUGGACCCAGCUCAUCCUCCCCCCUUCCCAGAGAAUGAAUCCUAUUCCAUUGCUGGCAGUGAGGGGAGUAUAUCGGCUUCUGCUGCCUCCGGUCUGGCUGCCCCCUCUGGCCCCAGCUCUGGCCUCAGCUCUGGCCCCUGUUCCCCAGGCCCCCCAGGGCCCGUCAGUGGCCUGAGGAGAUGGUUGGAUCAUUCCAAACAUUGUCUCAGUGUGGAAACUGAGGCAGACAGUCGUCAGGCGGGGCCAUAUGAGAACUGGAUGUUGGAGCCAGCUCUAGCCACAGGAGAGGAGCUGCCGGAACUGACCUUGCUGACCACAUUGUUGGAGGGCCCUGGAGAUAAGACGCAGCCACCUGAAGAGGAGACUUUGUCCCAAGCCCCUGAGAGUGAGGCGGAACAGAAGAAGAAGGCUCUGGAAAGGAGUAUGUACGUCCUGAGUGAACUGGUAGAAACAGAGAAAAUGUACGUGGAUGACUUGGGGCAGAUUGUGGAGGGUUACAUGGCCACCAUGGCUGCUCAGGGGGUCCCCGAAACUCUUCGAGGCCGUGACAGGAUUGUGUUUGGGAACAUCCAGCAAAUCUAUGAGUGGCACCGAGACUAUUUCUUACAAGAGCUACAGCGGUGUUUGAAAGAUCCUGAUUGGCUGGCUCAGCUAUUCAUCAAACACGAGCGCCGGCUGCAUAUGUAUGUGGUGUACUGUCAGAAUAAGCCCAAGUCAGAGCAUGUGGUGUCAGAGUUUGGGGACAGCUACUUUGAGGAGCUCCGGCAGCAGCUGGGGCACCGCCUGCAGCUGAACGACCUCCUCAUCAAACCUGUGCAGCGGAUCAUGAAAUACCAGCUGCUGCUCAAGGAUUUUCUCAAGUAUUACAAUAGAGCUGGGAUGGAUACUGCGGAGCUAGAGCAAGCUGUGGAGGUCAUGUGCUUUGUGCCCAAGCGCUGCAACGAUAUGAUGACGCUGGGGAGAUUGCGGGGAUUUGAGGGCAAACUGACUGCUCAGGGGAAGCUCUUGGGCCAGGACACUUUCUGGGUCAUCGAGCCUGAGGCUGGGGGGCUGCUGUCUUCUCGAGGUCGAGAGAGGCGCGUCUUCCUCUUUGAGCAAAUCAUCAUCUUCAGUGAAGCCCUGGGAGGAGGAGUGAGAGGUGGAACACAGCCUGGAUAUGUAUACAAGAGCAGCAUUAAGGUGAGCUGCCUGGGACUGGAGGGGAACCUCCAAGGUGACCCUUGCCGCUUUGCACUGACCUCCAGAGGGCCAGAGGGUGGGAUCCAGCGCUAUGUCCUGCAGGCUACAGACCCUGCUAUCAGUCAGGCCUGGAUCAAGCAUGUGGCUCAGAUCUUGGAAAGCCAACGGGACUUCCUCAAUGCAUUGCAGUCACCCAUUGAAUACCAGAGACGGGAGAGCCAGACCAACAGCCUGGGGCGGCCAGGAGGGCCUGGAGUGGGGAGCCCUGGGAGAAUUCGGCUUGGAGAUCAGGCCCAGGGCAGCACGCACACACCCAUCAAUGGCUCUCUCCCCUCCCUGCUGCUGUCACCCAAAGGGGAGGUGGCCAGAGCCCCCUUGCCCCUGGAUAAACAGACCCUCAGUGACAUCCCUCAGGCUCCCCAUGACUCUCCUCCAGUCUCUCCAACUCCAAACUCCCCUCCCUGCCAAGCCAGACUUGCCAAGCUGGAUGAAGAUGAGCUGUAACUGGUGAAAACCAUGGGGGUGGUGCUGACUCCUGCCUAUUCCCCAAGAAGCUUCAGGGCAGUCCUUCUGGCACUGCUCCAGAAUUCUUCCUUCUUGGUGUGUCUGGAGGAAGGGUGGGUAAGGCUGGGAGGGAUAUCAACUUGGAGGAGAGCACCUAGACCCAAGGACUUUUUUCCGCCCAAGGAACACAGUUUCCUUCAGCUCCCAUCCCUAUGCAUGCAUCAUGGUUCCCCGAAAAGGAGGAUAUGUGGGUGGGUGGGAGGGCUGGGGCAAGGGCCAGAUAGAAAUUAUUGGUUUUGUUUUUUAAUUUUGUUUUUCCUGUUUUCUGAGAAUAAAGGUUUUGUUAUAUCAC